GCACACAUAUUGACAGAUCAGGAAGUGUUCUGUCACUCCGAUUGCGCUGAUUUUGCAGACUGCUGUACCGCUGUCGUCUGCCUCCGUUUACACAGCAGCCGCAUCAGAUCCGAGGUAUGACUCUCAUCUCAUACACCUGCUGAAGACCUCUGCCCUCCUGGACCAACACAUGGACACAGACACAUCCAGACAGCAUGGGAUCCAGACUGAAACAAAACCCUGAGCGAACCUUCUACUGGUUCUUUGAAGCAACUUGCCCCGUAGCCCGAGACAAAGAUCCUGGUGUACUAUUUCAGUUUCCAGAGGACUUCAGUGAUGAGGAGUCUUGUCAAAUAUUACCCAGGUUCUGCUUCCCGUAUGACAUACAAAGAGUGAGGGAGGGAGUGGCCGUGCAGCACUUCACUUUUGUUUUGACCGACCUUGAGGGAUGCCAGCGGUUUGGCUUUUGCCGUCUCACCAACAACACAAAUACCUGCCUUUGCAUACUCAGUUAUCUUCCAUGGUUUGAAGUGUUUUACAAACUUCUCAACAACUUGGCGGAUUACCUCACAAAAGGACAGACCAAUGAGAUGAAAGCGCUGCUGGCGGCCCUCUACAAGCAGCCUUUACCACCGGCAGCUGGAUCUGUCACUCUGCAGAUGGGAGAGCAGCUAUUGGUCAGCACAGAGGUGUCCCAUCCUGUUGGACACCCAAAGGGACAAGAGGGGGUUCCAUACUUCAUUGCUCCAGACCCUAGAAGUCUCCCUUCCAUCCCUGAAAAUAGGAACUUGACAGAGCUGAUUGUGGCAGUAGAUGUGGGGAACCUGCUCCAGCUCUAUGCCAGCAUGCUGUUUGAGAGACGCAUCCUCAUCUUUGCCAGCAAACUCAGCACUAUGACGUCUUGCGUGCAUGCACUCAGUGCGGUGUUAUACCCCAUGUACUGGCAACACAUCUUCAUCCCUGUCCUGCCACCCCAUCUACUGGACUACUGCUGUGCACCUAUGCCUUACCUAAUAGGGGUCCACGCCAGCCUAUCUGAGAGGGUGAGGAGUCGUGGGUUGGAGGAAGUUGUCAUUCUGAAUGUGGACACAAACACUCUGGAAACCCCCUUUGACGACCUGAAAAGGAUACCUUCAGAUGUGAUGUCCGGGUUGAAGGCGUGUUUGAAGCGUCAGGCCGUGUCUCCUGGCUGCGGUGUCUCAAGGGCCUUCCUGAAAGCUCAGGCUCUGCUGUUUGGAGGCUACAGGGAUGCGCUGCAGGGUCAAAAGGAGGGAGAGAUGUGGUUCAGUGAGGAGCUGUUUGUAGACCACAAGUCUGCCAGCAUGAGGCAGUUCCUACAGAGUGCCAUUCAUUUACAGUCCUUCAAACAGUUCAUUGAUGGCCGCCUGGAUAUUCUGAACAAAGAGGAGGAACCAGAUGAUCUCUUUGAGGAGGAGAUAUUUAAGUGUGAAACAGCUGAAGCUGCAGGAAGAAGCAAAUCAUAUCAACAGUUAGUUGGUAAUUUAAAGAAAGGGGGGGGAGCGCUGAUCCUUAACAUGAAGUCCAAAGCAAACAUGAGGGCCAAAGGUCUCACCAAAUCUGGUUUGAAAAACCUGCUGAUGAACAAGGCCCACAAUGAAGAACACGCCCUUCAGAGAGGAGGAUCUGUGUCGCACCGCCGUGCCCAAUCUGACUGCUUGCAGAACCGCCUGCCAAUCACACAACACUUUGGGAGGCCUCGUCCCCGUCGGCCUGGUAACACACUGAGGGCUCGCAGAGACGAGGAAGACAUGCAGGACACUGGAGACACAUGGGCAGGAGCUGUGUCUGAGCCUGCGGGCGAUCCUGACUCUGAGCUCCAGAAGGAUGAACAAGAGGAAGAUUCACUGCUGUGUGACCCGGAGGAGAUGGAUCUGCUGGGGGAGAUCUUUGACACGCUCAGCUCCCGGAGCUCCCACGAACGAGGCCUGCUGUAUGGGACACGCAGCCUGGAUCUGUUUGGACCAGACAGCCAUGACUAUAUCACAAAGGGCCGUUUUCCAGCCAACCCUAGCCAGGAGAGCCUGUCUCUGUCCAUCAGCGGCAGUGGCAGCCUCCACAGCUGGAAUCUGGAAACCACAGAGGAGCUCUCAGACCUGACGGAAGACUCUGAUUGGCUGUGCCUGGACACCAGCGUACCAGAGGAGGAGGGGACAGACAGUCUGCUGGCAGUGUGUGAAGUGGGGGAGCAAGAAAUCAGAGAAAAGGAGGUCAGAGAGGAACAGGAAGAAGUGAAGGUAGCAAUAAACGGGAACCAAGAAGAAGAAAUAGACAACGGAAAUAACUGUGAGGAAGUGAGGUUAGAGGAAGAGACGAAGAAGGAGGGUCAAGAAAAGAGAGUGAGUUUAGGAGAGGACCCUCUAAAAGAAAUGGCUGAGGAGCGGGAGGAUGAACGAUUGAGAGAAAUGGAGGAUGUGCACAAUCCGAAUGAGGAGGUAGCCAAGGGACGAGAGAUAGAAAAAGAAACAAGGGAAAUGCAGAAAAAAAAAACAAGAGAAGAAGAGGGGAACGAUAUGCAGGAGGAGAAAGGUAAAGAGGUGACUUUAAACAAAUUUAUAAAACUGAAUCCCCUUCCCCCCAACCCUGAGGAGGACACUCUGAAACCCACAGCUUCUCCUGGGCCUCGGAGUCUCAUUGUGGACCGUACUACACCUCCAGCAGCUCAGAGGAAAAGGAGUGAAGAAGCAGUAACGAAAGUGGAGCAGGAGAUGAGACAGAGCCCCUCUCCUCCUAAAGUGCUACCUGCUGUAGCACGCUUCCAGUCUCUGCCGCAUAGCCGGGGCUUCCAGAUGAAGUCCAGGACCACCGAGCCGGCUGAACCUUGCAGCAUGCUUCGGACCAGGGAGAACGCACAAACACACCCGCCAUGUGACUCAGAUAUAUCAGAGGAGAGAAAACGCUCAGAGGGGCAUGAGGAAGAUGAUGAGGACCUGCCUCCGAUCAAAGUGUCUGAACUGAAGAAGCGAUUUGAAGCUUAGAAGAUAAGGCUUGGUGACAUUUGAGUUGUUCUUACUUUCAAUGAAAAGCACCAAAAUAGAGCAAUAUGUAAGUCGGCCCUUAGAUAAUGUAAAGUGGGUCACACACAUGCAGUAAUUUACUGAAACAGCUGGGCACUACAGCUUUGAACAAAAGUUAUACAAAUAUGAGUAAAAGGUGCAUUUGUUGGGGACUAUUCUCAGCCACAGAUUUGGUGCACUGGUGAGUAUUUACAGCAGUGGGACGGUGGAGGUGGAAUUUGUAAUGAAGAAGCAUUGAACACAGUGUGGCUCACUGAUGUGUUUUCAUGGCAUCUGUCAUUAGGAAAAACUUACGGCACAUUGCUAAGAUUUAGCAAGUAUUUAAACAGAUUUUUUAUUUGUCUGAAUAUUGUAUACUAUAGCAAUUAUGCAGCAUGGUUGAAAUAAAUGAGUUCUCCAACAGUGAGGACAAUUCAUGUUUUGGAUAUCA